CAUUUUUUUCGUGACUCCUAUCUCAUCACAUCCUGUUUUUCUUCUUCCGAUCAGUAUCCUCCCUUCAUGUAUCCUCCUUUCGCGAUUCCAGUUUUCGUUCAGAUCCUUGUUAUCCCAGUUUCCCUCACUUUGAUUAACCCAUUUUGGCAUACACGAUCGAAAAAGAGACAGGAUAGAUCUAGAUACGAAUUAGAUGAAAUUAGAUGCCUCCAUCUCCAACUUUGGAAACCGACAUCAUCACCCCACGCCCGAAUGGUGUGGUCGCUCCAACCGCCUCUGUAUUACUACUCUCUUCACCCAUUUUUUCAUAUCAAAGGGAAACUUCAUGUUGUUAAUGGAUCAAGAAAAUUGGGGAUUUGGAGAGGCUUGAUUUUGAGCACCUCGACGCAAGGGAGAACGUUAUGCCAGUAGAUGAAGUCGGAGUCGAACUUGUG